ACAGGCCUUAAUUCUCUGACGUUGUGUCAUUCACUGAGGUUCUCUCUCUCUCUCUCUCUCUCUCUCUCCCCUGUUCUGUGUGUUGCAAGCUGCAACAAAACUUAAAGAGACAUUCUCGGAGGAAGUGGAUCUUCACCUUUGCAGCAGCAAGUGACAAGGAAAACAAUCAUUUGCCUUUUCCUUAAAAACAACAUAAUCCAGGAGAAUUACUACUCCCAGUGUGGUGUUGAGUUGUUUGGAUAUCAAUGAGUACAAUUCACACAGCAAAAGCAAAAGAAGAAAAUGGGAAGCAAAGUGCGACAGCUAAGAAUCCAGGUUCUUCUGGUUCCUUCAAGAGAUGGGGCAGGAAAAGCCCCUUUCUGAGAUAUGGCCUUCCCAUGAUAUCUCUUACUGUUCUUGGUGCUCUUGGCCUUGGUCAUCUCUUGCAAGGCAGCAAGGAUAUUGCAAAGGUGAAGGAUGACCAGGAAUGGGAAAUAACUGAAGCAAGAAAAGCAUUGUCUAGACUUGGACCAGUAGAUGCAUACAAUCCAAAAACCAUCUCAUUGGAGGAUGAGCUCAAGGCCUUGCAACAAAAGGUGAACAUUGACGAUUACGAGUACAAGAAAAUUCCUAAACCGAAUGAGGGCAAGUGAGAUUAGAUUAUAGCUGUGAACUUUAAACAACUUCCAAACUUCUCUUGUAUCAAGCACAGAACCAAUUUUAUGGGGUCAAAGAGUCGGUUCUUACAUACAAGUAGGGAAGCUGUUAUUGCCACUUAUUGUGUUUGACUAUGGAAGAUGAAGUUGAGAUUAAUUGUACGAAUCUCUUUUUUUAAUGGGAUUUUUAAGUACAGAAUUUAAAGCACAUCCUAAGUGUGUGUUACUGUGUUAGAUUCUACUUUAAUAAUAGUGUAUAUAUGUCUUUUCAUAUUUUGGUUGGU